UUUGGGCCGGUGCCCAUCGAGAGAAUCGAGAGAAGAGGGGCCGGGUCGGUGGCGCUCAACGGGGACGGACGGACAGUCGGACGCGCACACACUCUCGGACAGUGCACCGCCGCAGACGCGCCACCAUGCACAGAAGACACAAGAAAUCGGGCGGCAAGCACAAGAACCGGCACCGCGGCGGCCACGACAACGCUGCACAGCGCGAUGAUGACGAGGAGAACAGACCCCAAGCCGAAGAGGAGGAGGAGGCCGAGGAGCAGGGGAAGGGAAAGGGGGAUGCCGACGCCCCCCAGCAGCCCCAAUUCAAGGGGCUCACCGGCCCCGUCGAGGUUAAAAAUUCGGAAACUAUGGGCAGGUACCUAGUAGCAAGUCGCGACAUCGCGGCCGGCGAGUGGAUCCUGAGGAAUUUGGAGCCGCUGGUGGUGGGCCCGUGUCAGGGUGGCCGUCCGGCGCUGUGCCUCGCGUGCCACGCGCAGCUGGGGCUUCCGCUGCGGCUGGGGGCGCACUGCCCCCGCUGCGGGCUGCCCCUCUGCCGCGCCGAUUGCCCUGGGUCCUACCACGCCGCCGAGUGCGCCCUUCUGGUUGCCGGGGGCACCACCCCCCUCGCCCCCGACCUGCUCGAUGUGCGGCCCGACCUUUACAACGCCAUCGUGCCCCUCAGGUGCCUUGCCCUCAGGGAUGCUGACCCUGAAAAGUGGGCUGCCGUCAGUCAGAUGGAGGCACACAAUGAUGUCAGAAGGGCACGUCCAGCCAUCUGGCAGGCGAACGAGCAGCUGGUGGUGGAGCCGAUCCGGUCAACGUGGCGGCUGGCGUCCCGCUUCUCGGCCGAAGAGGUGCACACAAUAUGCGGCGUGUUGGAGGUGAAUGCCUUCGAGGUGGGCCCUCAGGGUGGCAGCGUGCGCGCCCUCUACCCGGCUGCCUACCUCAUGUCGCACGACUGCACGCCCAACACGAGCCACGCGGACGACGCCGAGCGCCGCCUCUCGGUCCGCGCCACGCUCGCCAUCCCCAAGGGUCAGCAGGUCACCCUGAGUUACGCGUAUACCCUCCAGGGCACACUCCGCAGACGGCAGCAUCUCCGCGAGGGCAAGUUCUUCGACUGCGUGUGCCGCCGGUGCUCAGACAAGACCGAGCUCGGCACCUUCUGCAGCGCCUUAAUUUGCCCCAAGUGCGGCGAGGCGCGCGUGCUGCCGACGGACCCGCUGGACGACGCGUCUGCCUGGGAGUGCGUCGCGUGCGCCCAGUACUCGGCCGACGCGACCUCCGUCGACAUGCUCCUCCGCAAACUCGGAGACCAAGCCGAGGCCAUCGAAGCCAAUGAUGUUCACGAGUUUGAGGCUUUCAUCACCAAUCACGACAAACUCCUGCCUCCCUGCCACUACUUGAUGCUCAGCGUGAAACACUCGCUGUGCGAGUUGUACGGAAAAGCCACCGGCUAUCUCAUCUCGGAUUUGAGCGACGACAUGCUGCGCAGGAAGCGAGAUCUGUGCCAACAACUCCUGUCCCUCAUCGACCUUCUCGAGCCCGGACUCUCCAGAUUGAGAGGGACGAUUUUGUAUGAGCUGCACGCGCCGAUCAUGGUGCUGGCGACGCGGGCGUUCGAGGCGCGAAGCAUCAGCAAAAAAGACUUGCAGCAGCAGAUGCGGCGGGUGGCGCAGUGCCUCGAGCAGGCUGCCCAAAUCCUCGCUCUCGACCCUGAGGACAGCCCUGAGCGCCAGAUGGCAGACGCCGCGACCCAGGCCCUCGUCCAGGUCAACGAGUGGCGCCGACAGAUCGGCGGCAAACAACAGUGACCAACCAAAAAUUUCAAAGGCUGAACGCUAAUCCGAAUAUGCUUGCUCUAAAUUUUAACUUUGUGUCCAUUUACUGCAUUAUUUUUAUUUUUUGGAAAAUAUUAAUAUCUUUUUAAAGAAUAUAACGCCUGAAUUUGAAUUCAAAUUUAUGCGUAAUUUUCAGAAAAUUCGAUUUUGACCAAUCAGAAAACGAUUCUUUAAGGAAAAUGGGAAUUUCCGCUGAUUUUUAUGUAUUUUUCGGCAAUCAAGCAUUUAAGAGGAUUAUUUUUGAUACACUUGGGAAGACGCGGAAAAAGACACGUUUCAGGCUCGAAGAUAUAAUCAGCCUAACGAACGAACCAACUGCACGUUUUGUUGUAAUGCAAAGAAGCUCCUUUUCAGCCCCGAUUCCCGAAUUCCUACACCGCCAUUCCCUGCUUUUCCCUUUUUAUUUGAUUUAUUUUGUUGAAGCAGCGUCAGUUGUACGAAAAAAUGAAAGAGACGUACGCGCGUUGCCUGCGAAAAGUAAGAGCAGAGCCACCGUGUUUUAUCCGACAUAUUUCUUUCUUUGGGCGAAGAAGCAGCGUUUUGUUUCGCAAAUUUAAUUUAAAGGGUACAUGUCUGUUCUGCUCUCAGCCAGAACUUUUUAUUGCGAAUGGCACGUUGUCAUUUUUUUAAUUUUAAAGGGCCGGAACGGCACUGCGGCAAGAACACAAUCAUGGCUUCUCUUUUAGUCUUAUUUAAAUUUGUUUCGAAAAAUUUUCCAGGUUAAAAUAUUUAACAUUUACAAACUCAAAAUAAAAUUUCUCAUCAUACCUUGAACAGUAAAAUUGGCAAAUUAUCUUCUUCAAUAAAAAAUAAAUCUCUUAGGAUGAUAUUUAGAACAAAAUAAUGCCAGCCUAACUUUCAAAUAAUUUACAAUGCCAUGCAAAAUAUAAAAAAAGAAAACUUCAGAUAAUUUAGAGCAAUAUAACAAAAAUUAUAAGGAAGUAAGCAGAUUUUUGCAGUUUAAAAGGCAAAGAUGAAAAACAAGAAAUGGUGAAUUUUUCUCAGAGUUAAAAACGACCCAUUUUUAAUUUAUGUCUUUAAUUUCUACAAAACAAACUUGUUGAUGGUCGAAGCAAUAUUUUAAAAUUUGUUAAGAAAUUUCAAGUGAUCAUAAACAAUAUUUUUUAAUAUUUGAAUUUUUAAAAAAAUAAUUAUCCGCAGUUUUGGAUGAAUUACGUACCUUUUCCAUUUUUUUUUUAGAAUUUAUUUAAUUACUCGAAACAGACACACAUAUCAUAAAAUCCAAAAUUGAUUAUUUUCUAUCUCGGUUUUUAUAAAAAAUCCUUAAAAUUGAUCAACCUUUAAAAAUCUUGGAAAAUUUAAAAAAGCGGCAUGAAUACGAUGAGAAAUUGUAUAAUAAGCUUUUAGGUGGUCACUUUUUCAAACCUAUAUUAAUCACCAUUUUCAAGGUUUUAUUAAUUAAUUAAAAAAUAUUUCCUGGUUUUGAUUGGAGAUUUGUAAUUUGUAUUCAUUAUUAUUUUCUAGUAUUUUUACCAUGUUUGAAAUUUCAAACGCAGAUCACGAUCUGGUUGGGAGCAGAAAGAAAUUAGCCCGUGAGUGAUCUUGUCGGCUGAUAGCGACGAAUUUGCGUAAAUUAUGAGCUGUGAUCUGAAUUGCAAAUGCCAGCGCUCGCUUGCCUUUUCACCCCAUUAAAACAGAAUAGCGCCCUGCUCUUUUGUACCAAAAAUAUAUGUUAUAUUGUGAAAUAAAACACUCAUUUUGGACAGCACA